AUGAAUGCCCAUUCACCGCAGCACUCCAACCAAACUCCAAUGUCAAACGUACUUCUCCCCGACGAACUUAUCGUCGAAAUCCUAUCACUCCUUCCUGUCAAAUUUCUUAUAGAAUUCAAAUCUAUAUGCAAAUCAUGGAAAACCCUAAUCUCUGAACCCACAUUCAUCAAAUUACACCUUCAACAAUCCUCAAAAACCCCCCAUAUUACACUAACUUCAUCUAUUGAUUGCAGUAUCAGGCCUCUCCCGGUUCACCGCUUACUCGACACCACCACCACCACCUCCAUCACCCUCCCUGACCAUAAUCACUUCCAGUUGAACCAUAUUUUAGACCGUGGAGACCUCAAUGUUGUUGGUUCUUCAAACGGAUUGCUAUGUUUGCUAGGUAAUUUUUACUCCUAUAACUAUGAACAUUACUAUGAACAGAUUUUCCUUUAUUUAUGGAACCCAGCAACAGCUGAAUUAUCUAACCGAAAAGUGUUUCUUAAUAAGGUUGAGCAUCUGCCUUACUAUGAACGUUUUGGUCUAACUCUAUUUAGGUCAUGGAAUUUUGCUUUCGGUUAUGAUAAUUCAACCGAUACUUAUAAGAUUGUGGCGUUAAAUCUAACGAGUAAUAAGGUGAAAGUUUGGAAUUUCGGUCGUCUCAAUUAUUUCUGGGGCGAUCAUGAUGAUGAUGAUGAUUAUGGUAAGGGAUGGAGAAGUAUUCAAAGUUUUUCUUUGAUUCCUCUUGACAAUACAGAUUGGUACGAGGGAAUUAGUAAUAGCGUGCAUGUUAGUGGCACUCUUAAUUGGUUGGCAAUUCGAGAUGACUCUCCUCAAAGUGAUAGGAGGUGCAAUUAG